CACAUGGCUAACUCAACACUGUCUGCCUUGUAGAUGUAUAGUAUGUUACAUUUAAGAAAGAAAGGAAAGGAAAUCAUUAGCAAGUGAACCAGAAAAAUGGACAGAUACCUUAAGAACAUUCUUGUUGUGUCCUUUGGAUUUUUACUAUUAUUUACAGCAUAUGGAGGGCUUCAAAGUUUGCAGAGUAGCCUGAAUGUGGAUGGCGGCCUUGGAGUGGCUUCAUUGAGUAUCAUCUAUGGGGCUCUUAUUAUUUCUUCUAUGUUCAUCCCUCCAAUUAUGAUUAAGAAAGUUGGCUGCAAAUGGACAAUUGUUGCCUCGAUGUGCUGUUAUAUCACAUAUUCUCUUGGAAAUUUCUACCCUAGCUGGUACACUCUCAUUCCCACCUCUAUCAUUUUGGGAUUUGGAGGUGCACCAUUGUGGGCUGCAAAAUGUACCUAUCUGACAGAGAGUGGAAAUCGAUAUGCUGAGAAAGUUGGAAAGGUGGGGAAGGAUAUUGUAAAUCAAUAUUUUGGAGUCUUCUUUCUAAUAUUCCAGUCGUCUGGUGUAUGGGGAAAUUUGAUUUCAUCUUUAAUAUUUGGACAAGCUCCACAAGCAGGAGUAGAAUUAAAUUAUACAUACUGUGGUGCAAAAGAUUGCCCAUAUAUGAAUCCCAGUGAUGAGAGCAAUGGAAGUACAAAACCUACAUUGCCUCCUCCGCCUCCAAUGAGCUUAACAUACACACUUUUGGGUGUAUAUACAGGUAGUGGAAUACUUGCUGUUAUACUGGUUUCCAUUUUCCUGGAUAAUAUUGAUCUGAAAAAAGAACCCCAAAAUGAUAACACUGAGGAUGAAUCAUUGUGGAUAAAAAUAUUGGCAACACUUAGGCAUCUCCGAGAUAAGCGCCAAUGUCUUCUCAUUCCAAUAACAAUGUGGAGUGGUUUUGAACAAGGAUUCCUUUCUGGAGACUACACAAAGUCUUAUGUUACCUGCACACUUGGGAUACAAUAUGUUGGCUAUGUGAUGAUUUGCUUUGCAGCAACAAAUGCAAUCUGUUCUUUGUUGUUUGGAAAACUGUCACAAUACACUGGAAGGAUCGCACUCUUUUUCUUUGCUGCAUUCACAAAUGUUGCCAGUAUUAUCGCACUACUAUUUUGGAAGCCACAUCCAAAUCAGCUUGCUGUGUUCUUUAUAUUUCCUGCAAUCUGGGGCAUGGCAGAUGCCAUCUGGCAGACCCAAACCAAUGCCCUUUAUGGAGUAUUAUUUGAUGAUCACAAAGAAGCUGGCUUUGCAAAUUAUCGUCUAUGGGAGUCAUUGGGAUUUGUUAUAGCAUAUGGAUACAGCACCUUUUUAUGUGUAUCUGUGAAAUUAUACAUCCUUCUUUCUGUGCUAGUUGUUGGAAUGGUGCUUUAUGCACUUGUAGAAUACAGUGAACACAAAAAAAUGUCACGCAACAAACUAGGAAAAGAAACAUGUGCUGAUGACUCACUGUAUAAGCAGACUAAAAUAUAGCGUCCAUAUACAGUGUUGUAAAUAUGUAGAGCACCUGUAUUUGGCACUGCUGGGCCUUCUUUAACACAAUUAUAGGUCUUGAUGGACAACAAUUUUUUUUUGCCUUGGAAAUGACUCCAAUUUUCAUAAAGACCUUUUGCCUUCAGUUUAUGAGGACUAAGGUUUUAUCAUUAGAACCAGUUAUACUCCUUUUCCACUGCCGCUAAUGUAAUGCACAAGUACGGAUGCAGGUAAGUUGGUAAUUCAGUUUACAAUAUUAAGCAAUGGCAAUAAAUUUCACAAAAGAAAGUAAUACAUUUAUUUAAUUGUUCUUGAACUGGUAGCCCCUGGAGUUGUUUUUUCUGCAAGUACCUGGAUCCAAAUGGUUCAACUGUAAUACCUCCAGACAAGUGUUCCAGCAAUUACACAAAUAUUCUUUUGCACUGUAAAUACUUCAAUUUACAGAGAAUAACAGAAUUCGACAACAAUACUAUAUAAAUACAAUACAGGUUGAGUAUCCCAUAUCCAAAUAUUCCGAAAUACGGAAUAUUCCGAAAUACGGACUUUUUUUAGUGAGAGUGAGACAGUGAAACCUUUGUUUUUUGAUGGCUCAAUGUAUACAAACUUUGUUUAAUACACAAAGUUAUUAAAAAUAUUGUAUUAAAUGACCUUCAGGCUGUGUGUACAAGGUGUAUUUGAAACAUACAUGAAUUGUGUGAAUGUACACACACUUUGUUUAAUGCACAAAGUUACAAAAAAUAUUGGCUACAAUGACCUUCAGGCUGUGUGUUUAAGGUGUACAUGUAACAUAAAUGCAUUCUGUGCUUAGAUUUAUGUCCCAACACCAUGAUAUCUCAUUAUGGUAUGCAAUUAUUCCAAAAUACGGAAAAAUCCCAUAUCCAAAAUACCUCCGGUCCCAAGCAUUUUGGAUAAGGGAUACUCAACCUGUACUAAUUGUUAAUAGAGCUUGUCUAAAACAAGCUGUUAACCAUUACUACUACACAUGCAAACAAUAGUGCAAUACCUUUAGUCACUCUUACACUACUCGGUACUAUCAAUAUCCCCAAUAACUUUAAACCACAAAGUUCAGCUGAGUAUUUUAUAGAUGGUGCAUGUUAGGUUUGGUGUCCUGUCUCCAAUAGGGAUUAAUGGAAUUAGGCAAAUGUUACCAAGCAAAUUUCCCAUUUCAAUAGUUGCUGCUCAUGACCAGCACAAAAGACACUUUCUCUAGGUUGCUGCUACUCCUCUCUCAAGUGACGUUUCCUAGCAAGAUUGCAAAUUAGUACAUUAAUUCCAACUAGUCUGUUGCUGCCUUUUCUUUAUAGUUCCCUGAGGAUGUGAGGGUUUACAGUACUCAGGUGUCGGUUCAUCUGUGGGGAAUACUGUCUAAAUACCUUGAGGGUAAUAAUUAAUGUAGAAUAUCCUUUUACAGUACUCCUUGUCUCUCUCUUUACCUCGAGUGCAGCUUUCCUUCACUAACUUUCUGUAAUGUCAAUCAAGUAUGUAAAUCAUUAGUGUAAAGAAGGGCUUCACUAGCUGCAUCGGCUGUUAAGCGUUAAAAUUAUAGCAGGAUAUCUGACCGCAAUACCUGCUCUUAAUCCUGACUGAAAGGAAGCGCCAGUGUUCAUUUACAUAGUACAGAAUACUGCAGGCUUGAAUGCUAAAAAUCAGUUCUGGGCAAAUAUAGCUACCUCUGAGUUGGGUACUAUAUGUAGUACAAUAGCUGGGUAGUGUGACAUGCAGAAUGCUUCAGGUGCUGUUUUGACUCCCUGUAUAGCCAGUGCCUGCUGAGCUGUGAUGGCUCCUACUAUGUGGUGCUAAGGUAAAUCGCAGUUAUACCUCUCCAAGUGUCUGUGUUAGGUCUCCAUGCUGUCCGUAGCUGUCAGUGUGGGAUACUGGGUUUCUUUCCAGACAAUCUGCUCCCAUGGCCUGUCCCUUUGUGACUGCUGCCCACCUCUUGCCUUAAUUGGGGAGGCCUGGUCCACUCUGAGGCAUUACCAACUGCCGGGGCUCCAGAUAAAGCUUCACCCACUGUCGCUAUGGAAGCUGCUGCGGUCACUCUUAUUUCAUCUGCACCCCCAGACUUGCCUUGCAUGGGGGUAGAGCCAUCUCUCUGACCACCCUUGUGGGAGGAAGGACUGCCUCCAUCUCCUCCGUCACCCCCACACCACCUCAGCACACACCUGAUGGCAUAGCUCUCCUCUCAAGAUUACCUCAGCUCAGCUCUCACCAACCAACUCUUUCUCCUAACUGUCACUGGUCUCCCCACCUGACUGGUCAUAAGACCUGCUCCUGAGCUCUUGAGCAGUUGCUGGGGCUGCUGGGAGCUGCGGUGUGUCAGUUGUAUGAUGACAUACACCUGCAUUAUAGCAUGAUGCACAAUGUCAGACAUACUGUAAUACUUCACAUUGUGGUGUAUUACACUAAAACCUGGGUUAUUGCGGUGUCAACCCGGGUCAUGGCUCAGUGGACACGGCUCCCCAAAAUAAAACCCAGGUCGAGUGACCUGACAAUCCUUCCCAGGUAGCUACCAGGGUUGAACAAGGGAAUGACCCAUUAACACUGCAGUGGAAACAGGGUAGAUCCAAGUUAUCUGACAUGGGUCAGCAUAAAAGCCACUGAUUGGAGCUUCCUGGGGCGCUCUGACAUGAUUUAAUCUGCCAGAGCCCCAAAGAGCACACACAGCAAGAGCAGCAGCAUGGCUAUCUGGUUAGAGGAGGAGAUCAGAGAGCUUCCCAACAUCAGGGGAGAGAAGGAAAUCAGGCGCCAAAUGACUGGAACAGUAAAAGAUGCCACUGUCUACCACAAUAUCUCAGCAGUAUUGACCCCUCCCUUUUCUUUCCUUUUGUAACUUCAAAUUUGUGAGCCUGAAAAAGGCCAUUUUAAUGACAUUCAUACAGUAAGUUUUGCAGAUCCUACCCGUGUUCAGUGGAAAUGUGCCAACUCAGGUAAAAUCCGGGUCGAAGGUACAGUAGAACUGAGGUCUGACUGGUGGAAAAGCCAGCUCGGAAUUUUGGUGGAAAUGGAGUAUAAUAGUGCCUUACUAGGAGAAACAAGAGACUGUAAUUAAACAGGAAGACUCAAUUUCAAAUGAAUUACUUGACUGAUGUAUCAAGGAUCGAAAAUAACAAAUCCCCCUUAGCAAUGCUGCUGAGGAGGACAAAUGUACCCCUGUGCAGGCACCAGCAACCCUGUGAAGUUUUUGGGAGGAGGCAUAGGCAUGCCUCCUUAGAUUUGGCCAUGCCCCCGGUACCCCGGAUUGUGGCCAUCCUCACAGCCUGCCCAUUCAACUCUUCAUACGGAAUUAUUAGGCACUCUUUGUGGAACAAUGCAAGACAUAUUACUAAUAUCCAUACUAAACUCUAGAUAAGUCUAUAAAGGGUAUAUUUACUAAACUGCGGGUUUAUAGACAAUGAGAUGUUGCUCAUAGCAACCAAUC